AUGAGCAAGGUCCUGAAGGGGUUCCAGGAAAACUUCAGCAGGCAGAAUCAGAACAGUAAUGUUGCCAGUGGUUCUUCGCACCAGGCAACCCUGAAUAAUGAGCCCGGGCCUAUGGACGUUGAUGUCCAUCAUGAGUAUCUCGAUGUGGAUAUGGUACCACCUCCAAUGCCCCCUGCGCCUCCACCUAAAUCACCAACACCACCACCACAUCCCCCGACACCACCACCUCCCAUUGAAUGGCCCAGAGGACUUCCUCCACGCGUUAUUAGAUUGCCACAGCGCUUCCGAGACGAGGUCCCACCCAAACCUCCUCUAAUUAUACCACCAGUCGUGGAGGAGGAACCACCUCAGCCUCAGGAACCUCCAUCUGUGGAGAUGUCCGAUUCUCCAAAUAUUGCCAAAGACCCAGCCGACUCUUUGAGAAAGGCGUCAGAGGGAACACCAAUGGCCCUACCUUCGGAUUGGUUCUUGGAUUCUGAGCCAAAAGACAACAAGAGCUUGCUAUUCAAAAAUCGUUCUACUCAACUUAUCAUGUCUUGGUUUUACAACGGCCACGGUACUAAAUCCUACGCUGAUACCGACAAAUUGAUUCACCAAGUCGUACUGGACCCGGAUUUUGACCCCAAGGACUUUGAUUCCUCCUUUUCUACUGCUCAAGAGGCAGCACGUCUGGACGAAAUCUCCACCCAAAAAAAUUCUACAGAUUCUACUUUGUCAGAAGGCAGCUUUUCAAUACCAGUGCCAUGCGACGGUUUCAUAUUCGAUUCGGAAGAGGAGGCUCCUCAAUUUGUUGUUGAAAACGUCAUGUAUCAAAAACCUCUAGAAGUUAUCAAACAGGCCUUUGCAGAAUGCACCUCUGAGACGUAUACGACCAUACCGUACAGAGAAUUUUGGCGUCCCUCACCUGACGAACCACCCAAACGCUUAUUCUCAGAGUCCUACGUGGCGGACAUUUUCAAUGAAGAGUAUGAAAAGAUCAAGUCAGAGCCACGCAUAGGUCCCCACAGACACCUGGAGCCCUUUGUCGUUGGUAUCGGGAUUUUUUCAGAUUCUACCCACCUGACCAGUUUUGGCGAUGCUUCUAUAUGGCCGAUCCUUAUGUAUAUCCUCAACCAGUCAAAAUACACCAGAGGGAAACCUAAAGAAUUUGCUGCGCACCAUAUUGCGUAUAUCCCUAAACUCACAGACACUUUUCAAGAUUGGCAUCAGCGACAGUUUGGCAAAGCUGCGACAUCUGAAAUGCUCACCCAUAUGAGAUGCGAGGUCAAUACAGGCGUCUGGGGGCUAUUACUUGAUGAGGAUGUCAAACGAGCGUAUGCUGAAGGAGAGGCCGUAGAACUGGCCGACAGAGUUGGAUCAAAGAUGGAUAUGCGAAACCGGCUCAAGCUAGCUCGCGUUGACAGCAAAAUUCGUCAAUUUGACAUCGAAACUGCCCAUAAAGCAUUGUUCUUGGGGAAAAAGAUUAACAGCAAGGCGGUUAAUGGCUUGCUGCAACAGACCUCUGCUUUUCCAAUUCGGAACGCUUUUUCCAAGGCUUUAUUUGAAUAUGGCUUCAACUUUUAUCGGAUGUUUACUGCUAACCGUGUCGAGAUACGCAAGCUGCUGUGUGAGGACAGGGAGUUACUGGAGCCCACUCCUCCUGAUUUACAUUAUCACAUCUCAUCAGACGACUUUAUGCUUCGUCUCAAAACUCACCUUUAUGCCCGCUUAUCAGGGGUAAACGAAUUCAGUGAUAGCAUUGGUACCCAUGAGCGACUCCAAAUCACAAUAUUCGGUGACCGAAUUUACGAACAUCAGGUUCUACGCAUCAACUAUACUUCGUAUGAUAUGUGUCGAAUACAAGAUACCUUGAAGCCAAACUCUUCCCGAUGUGACAUCAUGGUACUUGCUAGCAACAAAGGUGCAGAUCAGCAGGUUCAUCUUUAUUGGUAUGCCCGUAUCAUUGGAAUCUACCACGCCAAUGUGGUAAUAUCUACCCCUGAUGAUUACUACCGUGCCUCCAAGCACAAAGUGGAUUUUCUUCAUGUCCGAUGGCUGGGUGUUUGUGAAGAUUGCCAUUACGGUUGGAAAUAUAGAAGGCUUCCACAGUUGGUGUUUGGUGAUAUCAAUGACUCUGCGUCGUUUGGUUUUGUGGACCCAUCCCUCGUAAUUCGUGCAACCCAUUUGAUUCCUCGCUUCAUUCUUGGAAAAAUACCGACUCUCGGCCUAUCUGUAGCUUAUAGAAGCAAAGAAAAUAAUGAAGGGGAAGAAUGGGAGAGAUAUUAUGUCAAUUUUUUUGUGGAUCGCGACAUGGUCAUGCUGUACAGAGGGGGUGGAGUUGGCCACGCUAGCACGCGAGCCGCUACCAAUUCUCUUAGGCAAGACCGACGUGCAGAUGACAUUGCCUCUCGCAAAAAACGCCGCGAGGCACAUGAAGCACCCGAUCCUGAUCUGGAACCAGAUGGGGCCUCAGACCAGGAGCAAGACGCUCAGGACCAGGCUAAAGUGGCACCUGAAAACAGCGCCGAUUCUGAUGACAAUGAAGAUGACAGCGACCAGCAUACCGAUUCUGAAGAGGAGGAGGAGGAGGAGGAGGAAAGCGACGAGGAUGAGGACCGGGGUGACCUCGAUGAACUUGGGUUCGCUGAAUACUAA